GUUCGGAAGGAAAGCCAUGCUCCUGCUGUCCCUCGUGUGCUCCGUCGUAUUUGGGAUGCUGAGCGCCACCUCCAUCUCCUACAGCAUGCUGGCCAUCACACGGACCCUCACCGGGGUGGGCCUGAGCGGCGUCUCCCUUAUUGUACUGCCUUUAGGGAUGGAGUGGGUGGACAUACAGCAUCGCACCUUCUCUGGGAUCCUGACCAGCAUCUUCUGGAGCGUCGGGAACAUGCUGCUGGCCAUGGUAGCAUACUUGGUGCGGGAGUGGCACUGGCUACUGGUAGCCGUGACAGGACCUUGUCUUCUGAGCAUUGUCUGCCUGUG